CUCUAUUAUUUCCUUGCAUUCAUCAAAGCCAUGAAAUCAUUCAACAAAUUUGAAGUUGUAAUGCUCUUUGUUCUUGCUCUUCUGCUUGGGAUCACACCCUUGUUACCUUCUUCUCUGAGGCCAACCUUCCUUUACUUCAUCUUCAACGUUCUCAUCGUUGCACUAGGAGCAGAAGCUGGUCUUCUCUCAGUUUUUUCCAACCCUUUAGAAGACACAAAGCAACAUCUUUCUGUCACCCAGAAACCUGUAACUCCCCCAGAAGUGUAUGAACCUCAAGAGGAAAAGGAAGAAGCAUUCAUCAUAACAGGUGGAAGUGGUGCCUCAGACCACAGUGAAAGGAAGGCUGAGGUUGUUGAAGUGCUUGCUUCUGAUGAGAAGAUUGUUGCUGUCAGUGAAGUGGAUGAGGUGAAAAACCCUAGUUCAAUGCCAAAUCUUUUGAUCAUUGGAGGUGGAGAAAAUGAACAGAUUGAAAUAGCUAAUGAGCAAGAGUUGUUUGACAAAGCUGAGGCCUUCAUUGGGAACUUCUACAAACAGUUAAAGAUGCUGAAAGAGAUCUAUCAGGAAGCCUUUUAGGAUUAAUGCAUCACUUUUUUUUUCUUUGUUUUCAAGAAUAAAUCAUUUCUAAGUUGCUAAAUUGUAUAAACAGUGGUUCUGCUUCUGCUUCUGUGAUAUUUUUCUGUCAUGGUUUGUACAUAUUUUAGGCUAGAAU